AUGCCCACAAUCCUCACUCCGCAAGGAUGGGUCAAAGUUGCACCCCCUCCUCCUCGCAAACGAGCAGUAAACCACGACCCUGCUGCCGCUCUUCGAGGACCAUUGGCGUACUUGGCUUGCCAGAGGAGCCCACCUAAGAUCAACGUUGGUGGCGGCGGGAACGUCAAAGGCAGGGCUGAUUAUCCCUAUGACCUGAGUGCGAGCCCGGAGAAGUUGAGACGGCAAGGCGAGGCAAAUGCCCACGCAAAGGCGGAGAGGAGCUUUUCGGCUCCCAUCAUGCACGGCGGUCUUCACCCAAGCGACCACGACGACGACAUGCACGAAUUCCUUGGACCAGAGAUGCGAUCCCCUCCGCCACCGUCACCAAAAUCAAAGGCCAAAUCCAGGUCGAGUCCGAAAUCGAGAACAUCAUCACGACAACAUCACGACAACGACGACCGCCACUCCCAUGUCAGCGCCAGCUCCAGUUCCAGUUCUAGCUCCAGGUCAAGCGCCGCGAGCUCGAGAUCCAGCGCGUCUAGCGUGUCCAGUGCGCCUUCGACCAAGUCAUACCACAGACCAGCUCCACCUGCAGGUGUCCAAGCCAGACGUCCUCCUUCCAUGCCCAGCGCUGAACCGAGAGCCCCCUAUUAUUCGAUGCCUAGGUACGAUCACUACGGGACGAUGCCUCCUCCGAUGCACCCAGCGUCCAUGUCUCAGCCCAUGUCGCGAGGUAAUGCGAGAAGCUUGUCGUACAGUUGGUACAAUGCAACCACGCCACUGAGCCUGUGA